AUAACUAGUUUGGUGGCAUCAGAGAAACACUAUUUUUCGGAAGCAGCAGUUUAGAGCUACGAUUAGAGCGAUGUCUAAGGAGUCAGACACUAAGGUUCCGGAAGUAACCACUUCUGCGGAUGACAUAGAAGACCAGGAGGUUGACUAUGGCGAAUUGCAACAGAAAAGUCACGACGAGGAUGAAAUUCUAAUACUGAAAGACGUUACCGUCAAGUUUCGUAUCUUGAAAUUUCACAUAGUAACCCACGCAUAUCCGAACAUUUACACGAUCGACGAGGUUAAAAAAGACAUUUCGACGAAGUUUCAAAUUCAGCAAAAAUAUCUCGUCCUAAAGCAAGUCAACAGCACAAACCCGCUGAAGGACAGCCAGCGGUUGUUUGACUUAUGUGACAACGAUUACGGGGUCAUCGACAUGGACCUGGAACUAACCGAAAAUGCUUGUUUGGCCAACGUCCGAUUGGAACCACAGCAGUACUACAACAAUUUCAGCCUGCCGGAUAUAAUUACUGUCCGAGUGCCAGCUGACGGGUCCGGGGAGGGAAGUGCCAGCCGUGACCUUGUGGUUGAAAUCGAAAAUCAAGCCAUCAUUAAACCUUUCGUCGGCGGUUAUGUAGAUAAGAUCACAAAAAUCGAGUUUCACGAUGCCUUCACCCAGACUGGCCCUCCUCUUGAAAGAAUUAAAUUUGCAGGAAUCCAAAGCCGUGAUACGCAAACCGUGGAGGAAAAGGCCAUCGAAAUUGCUACACCCCGCGAUCGAGCCACAACCAACUACGGUGAAGCGACCGAGCUUUCCUAUGCCUCAAAGUACACUGAUCGGACCGUGAGCACCGGAAGCUACGAGAGCUACGAUGAAAUGACGAAGCGCAUCGAUCUAAUCGGGAAGGUAACACUAAUUCAGCGCAAUUUUAGGCGCUACAUGUGGGAGAAAGCAAUCAAGCAGUGUGCUGCAGAAUGGCGACGUCUCCAAAAAGAACAGAAGCGCCGCGAAGGUAAGCGCUCGAAAGCUCGCCAAGAAGAGUACCGGAAGGAAUGCAUCGUAAAAACCUUCCCCAAAACUAAGGAAGACUUUGACGCUCUUUACGCCCAGGUUCAGCUGUGGAAGGAAAACGAACUAAAACGGAUUUGCGAAAAGUACUCCGGCGCUCCAAAAAUCGCCGAAAUGCAUCAACUUCUGGACAAAGAAGUACAACUAUUAAACGGCAUCGAGCGACAGCGACAAUUACUGCAACAGGAAGCGAAGAAAGUUCGCAAUGAGCAAAUUUUGAAAAAAUUAGGCGACCCUGUGAAAUGGGUCGGCUAUAACAAUUUGACCAUUCAAAUGGAUACGCUGAGGAAUCAGCGGGUACGUUUUCUCGCCAACUAUUACCGAAAGUUGGUGGACGACACGUUGAGCAGUACGGACCGAAUCAAAGUUCUGAACCACCUGUCGGACGUCAUCGCAAAGGAGGACCAUUCGGCGGUAGAUGAGCUGGAAUCGCUUCUUCAAAGAGAGCGCCAACUGCUGAUCUGCAACGUAAAUCAGAAUGGAUUGGACUUGCUCAGAAAACGACAGCUGACCCUUGUAAUGGACAUUAUUACCAGCGACAAGAACGAGUCACCUGCUAAAGCUCCCAACACGCGACUGUGCAAGAAGUGUAGCCGUGUUAAAGUCUUAGCCAAGUUCCCACUCGACACUCGCCAAACUUCCGCAUCAAUUUGUGAACGCUGCACGGAUCUGCAAGGGCCUGCUGUGGACAUUGCAAUUUACAGGUCGAUUCUGCGGUCAAUUCGUCGUGACGAGAAAAAACGAGGAGCAUUGGCGUCUUAUGCGUUUAUAAUCCAGGACAACGACAUAAAGCACAUCGUGGAACGUAUUUGGCAUGGCCAUUCUGCGAUAUCGAACGAAACGAACCGCGCCGAGCUGCGACUUGUACGUUGGGACAUCCGAAGUGACUGGAGUCCGUGGAACUGUAUCUGCCUGACGGAAUCUGAGGCGCGGGCACAUUUACGGAUUGUUCAUUUGGACCGGUAUUAUGAGGCGAGCAUUUUCAAAGAAAUAACCAACAAACACGCAUUGAGCAAACACACGUUCAAGCAGCUUCGUGACAUUGAUCAAGUUUUCGUAGAGUCGGGCACUUGGUGGAAGGUUGGGCUGGACGGUUCGUGCAAAUAAAUUCCUUUUUUUUUCA